UGUUUUUUUUCUCCGAUGUUUCCCGACAGGAGUCGAGUGUUUCCGAGUGGUCGACAUAUUUUUGAACAGCUUCCAAAUGUUGAGCUGGAGUCCGCCAGUGCAGCAUCAGCAGCAUCUAGAAGCAUCAUCUCCCGAGGAGGAGAGUCUGCGAGCCCGGCAGCAGCAAGCAAGACCCGCAGGACACUUCUUCAUCUCCAUCUUCCACCACCAUUCUCUUCUUCCAGGCACCGCAACGAGGCACUAAAGAGACGCAGGAUGAGGACAACCAGUGUGGUCACGAUCACUCUCCUGCUUGCCACAGUUCUGUCAGUCUCUGGCAAAGUCACCGAGGUUACCGAGACCUUGCUCCACGGCGAGGAUUUCCCCAUUCCUCUGCACAGCCACAAUUUGGAGGUGACCUUUCGCAACAGGUCGGCUCCGCGCUCGCCCCUGGUGACCUUGAUGCGGGACGGCGAGGCGGUCAACAACCGGGCCAAAAUAAACGCCCACCUCAGCCACCUGGUCAUCGACUCCGUCGGCGAAGGAGACGAGGGACUGUACACCGUGAAGAACCCCCAGGACCCGGAGAACGUCACACGCAUCACACUUGUAGUCCGAGAUUGUGCUAACGAGCAGACCGUUAAAUACGGGGAAAACUUCCGUAUUCCCCUGCUGGGAGUGACGGCGCCUAUCAGCCUGGAGUACAGACUCAGCGCUGUGGAGGCCAACCAGACAUCCAGACCCGCCCUUGUGCUGUGGAUGACCACAGGCAAGGCGAUUGACGCCUACGUGGGUCGCAUCCUGGUCAGUCCCCAACAUGUGAUCCUGAAGGCGGUUACGGGCGCCGACCAGGGCAGUUACACCAUCAGGGACGCUCGCGGCGUCAUUAAGAUGAAAGUCUGUCUCCACGUCAUCGGGCACCGGAUCUUUGAGAACCUGCUUCAAGGGGAAAAACUGAAGAUCAACCUGAUGCUCAACAGCUCCCUGGUGAAAUUGUACUACAAACCUGUUAAAGACCCCACAUCCCGCCUACUCAUGGAUAAAGGGAAUUUUACUCAUGCUCAAACAGAGCUCGGCUUUGAGGACCGCCUGUCCUUGGAGGGUUCACAGGUCAUCUUGGAGAAGGUUAAGACCUCCGAUAAAGGUCUAUUCGAAGUCACUGACCUUUUGGAAUUCCCUGUGUCCAAAAUCCACUUGCAACUAAAACCGCACAAGCUGGAGUCUCUCUAUGUGGCCAUCAUCGCCCUGCUGGGCCUGCUGGUCCUCCUCCUGCUGGUCUGCCUGCUGUCCUGCCUCAUCAAAGUCAACAAGAGGUCCAAGAGGUCCGCCGCCUUGGAGAAGAUUGCCCAGAAUGCUGGCAAGGAAGAGGAGGGAGAAGCCUUCAGACAGGUGGUAAAGAACAUCACGAAGCUCAGUGAGGACUCCAAGCAUUCCCAGGCAGACAACACCGAGAAAUCUCAGAGCACUGAGGUAGACAUUAAAGGCCUGGAGGUGUCCUCUAAAGAGGUUGGCAUCGGUAACCUUGACACCAGUGAUUCUGGCGUUGGCUUUAACACCGCCCUCCCACUGGACACUGACACCGACCAAAUCCCCGACUCAGAGGCGGUGAGCAUCUCUGUUGCCCCGGAGACCAAAGCGCCAGCAACUAUGGAAGUAAAACCAAUUUCAGUAGCUGAAACCAAAGCAGUCCCCGAGAGCAAGAAAAGCCCUGAUCAUCAGUCAGUCAACUUGGAUGUUCCCAAAUCAGCAGACGCAAAGCCUAGUCCAGCCUCCAGUCCGGAACCCAAGAAUGCUGUCAGUCCAGGUGAUCUGAAACCUGCGGCCUCCCCCAGCUUAGAAGCCAAGCCGGCUGCUCUGAAAGCCACCAGCCCCGCGGCAGCAGAAUCCAAUAACAUUCCUUUUUCACCUGAUUCAGUCGAGAACUCCAUGCCGACCUCGCCAGAACCCAUCACCAAUUGCACACCCGAGCCAGGGCCGGAUCAAGCGGAUCUCAUCGGAGGUACUUCUUAAAAAAGUGGAGAAACCAAAGAGGGGUAAAAUGAAGAUCCUACCACCACCACCACCUUAGAACUGUCCCUGCAUAUAAAUCAAAAAAGUCAGACUUUGUCUAAUCCCUGAGCAUUGUGUAAAUUGACAUUAUUUUACCUCACCGUUGUAGCACAUCCCGAGCGGAGAACACAUAUUAAAGACGCAGUACCUGGGCUGACCUACGUACAGCAGUAACGAGCCGCACACUGCCGGAAAAUAAAAAAGAAGAAGAAGCGAGGCUACCUGCUAACUCCAUUGAGGCCGUACUUACAUUCCGACAUAUUCUAAUUUACAUUUAUAUUGUGAUCAAACAUGAUGUAAACACACGCGUUUUCCACAUUUCUACCGCUUACUUUCAGCCUCUAUGACUAAACUCUGCCUAACUUUGAACGACGCGCUCUUGCCGACCCCGAGCCUCAGUUUGUUAUUCUUCCGCCUGAUUGGCUGGCGUCGUUACACCUGACAAUCACAAACCAGGCUCCGACCCCCGUGUAGUUGUAAACCUGGAACUUGUUUAUUAAUACACAUUUUGUUAGUUCUCGGAGCAGAUAGUAGCAAAAUAUUUGAAAAUAAUUUCAAUAUCUUUAUGUGUGCACCCCAGCUUUGUUUAGCUGCAUAUUUUUUUUUUGCAGCGUUUGAGCUUUUUUAAAGGCCUACUGAAAUGAGAUGUUCUUAUUUAAAGGGGAAUAGCAGGUCCAUUCUAUGUGUCAUACUUCAUCAUUUCGUAAUAUUGCCAUAUUUUUGCUGAAAGGAUUUAGUAGAGAACAUCCACGAUAAAGUUCGCAACUUUUGGUCGCUAAUAAAAAAGCCUUGCAGACGAUGUGCGCGUGACGUCACGGGUUGUGGAGCUCCUCACAUCUGAACAUUGUUUACAAUCAUGGCCACCAGCAGCUAGAGCUAUUCGGACCGAGAAAGCGACAAUUUCCCCUUUAAUUUGAGCGAGGAUGAGAGAUUCGUGGAUGAGGAAAUUUAGAGUGAAGGUCUUGAAAAAAAAUAAAAUAAAAUAAAAAGUUUGAAAAAAAAAGAAAAGGCGAAUGCAGAUGUUUUUAGACACAUUUACCAGGAUAAUUCUGGGAAAUCCCUUAUCUGCCUAUUGUGUUGCUAGUCUUUUAGUGAGUUAAAUAGUCAGAGGGGUGUGGCCACGGGUGGGUUGACGCCAGGGUCUCUGAGGGAAGUCACAAAGCUGCAGCAGGACAGAAGCUCCGCUGAUCUCCGGUAAGAGCCAACUUAUUACCACAAUUUUCUGACCGAAAACUGCCGGUUGACAUGUAGUCGGGAUCCAUGUUUGCUCGACCGCUCUGAUCCAUAGUAAAGCUUCACCUCCGGGAAUUUUAAACAAGGAAUCACCGUGUGUUUGUGUGGCUAAAGGCUAAAGCUUCCCAACUCCAUCUUUCUACUUUGACUUCUCCAUUAUUAAUUGAACAAAUUGCACAAGAUUCAGCAACACAGAUGUCCAAAAUACUGUGUAAUUAUGUGAUUAAAGCAGACGACGUAUAGCUUGGAUCGGGUUGGAAAAUAAUGUCCGCUAAGACCCGAGACGUCAAAACGCACGUGUCAUCAUACUCGUCAUCAUACCGCGAUGUUUUCAACAGGAAACUCUGCGGGAAAUUUAAAAUUGCAAUUUAGUAAACUAAAGCGGCCGUAUUGUCAUGUGUUGCAAUGUUAAUAUUUCAUCAUUGAUAUAUAAACUAUCAGACUGCGUGGUCGCUAGUAGUGGCUUUCAGUAGGCCUUUAAGAUUAAAAAAAGUACUAGACUACAAAAGAAGUCAUAUGCAGAGUUUACAACUAGAAACUCCAAAUACGGUGUCUUCUAAAAGUGUGUCACUGAAAAACCUAUAAUUUCGCUUCACCACAACGAUGAAUGCAUAUUUACUUUCAAGCAUGCAAAAUAAGCAACAACAAAAAAAAGUUUUGUGUUUGACUGCAAAGUCACCACACCACGAUAUUAGAUUAGAAAGCGUUGUAUAUCUUUAAACUACAGUCAUUAUGCGAUCACCAAAUGCUGCAUUUGAGACGACUGGGAAAUCGAAAAUAUUCUGAGUGAAGUUUUUAAAGUCCGAUUUACACAAAAAACAAACAAGUAAAACUAGUUGUUGGUUUAAUUAUAAAUAAAAUAUAGGAUGAAUACAUAAACCUCAAAACCUAUACCUUGAACGGGACAAGCGGUAGAAAAUGGAUGGGUGUAUGCAUAUAUAUAUAUAUAUAUAUAUAUAUAUAUAUAUAUAUAUAUAUAUAUAUAUAUAUAUAUAUAUAUAUCCCCAUCCAGCUUUACAUUUUCUACCGCUUAUUCCCUUUGGGGUCGCGGGGGUGCUGGUGCCUAUCUCAGCUACAAUCAUAUAUAU